UUUCCCUCCUCCUUCGAAGUUGAAAGGCAGGAGCAGAGUGGUGGAGGGGUCCCAGCUUCCCUUCUUCCUACCAGCCGUUGAUGCAGCGAUUUCGUGUCUUUUUACGCACAUUCUUGUUUUUUCUGGGCUCGCUGUGAUAUUUUUACACUCUUUCCUUCGCCAUGGCGGGGGCUAUUAUUGAAAAUAUGAGCACCAAAAAGUUGGUGAUAUUGGGAGUUAUUCUGCUUUUGUUCCAGGUGUUUGCCUUCAUGGUCGGCGGUUUAAUUGCUCCAAGCCCCAAAAUAGCGGUCCACUACUUGGCCACCAAGUGUGUGGACACAGCCAAGCAUCGUCAGGAGACUAAAUGGUUCAUGCCAUGGGGCCCAAACAAGUGUGACAAGAUCCGGUCGUUUGAUGAGGCCACAGCCAAGAAGAUUGAGGCCAACAACAUCGUUUUUGCUGUCCACAUUCCUCUGCCAAACAAGCAGAUGAGCCCAUGGUUCCAGUUUUUUCUGGCCAUCCUGCAGUUUGACAUCGCUUUUAAGGUGUACAACCAGAUAGAGGAUGGAGCCAUGGUCACCAUUGAUGUUGGGUUGGCCUACAGAGAUGACACAGUCAGUGAGUGGACGGAGAUGGCUCACUCUUUUGAGCAGAGGAAGCUUAGCUGCAACUUCACCACUGCCAAGACCUUUGAGAAUGAAGGUCGGUAUUAUGAGUGUGACCUGCUGCCCUUUAUGGAAGUUGGCAGCAUCGCCCAUAAAUACUAUCUGCUCAACAUACGCUUACCUGUCAAUGAACGCAAGAAGGUCAACGUGGGAAUCGGAGAAAUAAAGGACAUUCGUCUUGUCGGUAUUCACCAGAAUGUAGGUUUCACCAAAGUUUGGUUUGCCAUGAAGACAUUCCUUACGCCGAGCAUCCUCAUCAUUAUGAUCUGGUACUGGAGACGCAUCACCCUCAUGAGCAGACCUCCUGUGCUGCUGGAGAAGGUAAUCUUUGCUUUGGGGAUCUCCAUGACAUUCAUCAACAUCCCAGUGGAGUGGUUCUCUUUUGGCUUCAACUGGACCUGGAUGCCGCUUUUUGGAGACAUCAGACAGGGCAUCUUCUACUCCAUGCUGCUCUCCUUCUGGAUCAUCUUCUGUGGGGAGCACCUCAUGGAAACAGAGUUCUUCGAAGCAGAAUUCAUGGGCGGAGGACAACUGCAGCUGCUCUGUGUGCCAAUCUUCAAAAUCUUCCCUGAAUGCCCCACAAAAAAAUCGCAGGACCAGAUGGAGAGGAACCGUUUCUCAGUUUACUGGAAGCAAGUUGGACCAGUCAUCUUCGGCUCCUUCUGCCUUUUCAUCUUUGACAUGUAUGAGAGAGGAGUCCAGUUAACAAACCCCUUCUACAGCAUCUGGGCGUCUGAUGUGGGAACCGAGCUGGCUAUGGCAUUCAUAAUUGUGGCAGGAAUCUGUGCCUGCCUCUACUUCCUCUUCCUCUGCUUCAUGGUUUUUCAAGUCUUCCGCAACAUCAGUGGUAAGAGGUCCUCACUACCUGCCAUGUCCAAGGCCAGACAUCUGCACUAUGAGGGUCUGAUUUUCCGAUUUAAGUUCCUCAUGUUGGUUACUUUGACCUGUGCUGCUAUGACGGUCAUCUUCUUCAUCAUCAGUCAGGUGAAUGAGGGCCACUGGCACUGGGGAGAGCACACUGUGCAGGUGAACAGCGCCUUCUUCACUGGUAUCUAUGGCAUGUGGAACCUGUACGUCUUUGCCAUCAUGUUCCUCUACGCUCCAUCUCACGAACGCUAUGGAGACGAGCAAUCAAGUGGUCAAUGCAUCACUGGAGAUGCUGGAGCGAACAGUGGCGAGGACAUCUAGCUGACCACCACCAUCACCCACUUGGACAGCCCCACUGAGAUCUACAAGAUGACCGGCAAAGAGGCCCAGGAGUAGACGUCACACUGUUAUUCAGACGCCCCACUGCUACCUACUGCUCCAACGUCCCCCUCCUCUAGAUAUGUAACCAUUCAGCUUUUUCUCUUUACAUCAAUUCCAACGACAGUCCACCCUGCAUGUGCUCUCCAGUCUCUCAAAAUGUCUCAGUCCAAACACUAAAUCCUGACUGUGUGACUUGUUCGUGUUUCCCGACUCCUGAGUUCUUACGGAAUCUCCCAAAGGCUGAAUAUUAUCACCGCUCAUAUCAGUCCUUUUUCAAUUUGUAGUGGAGCGUUGUCAUACAUUUCAAACUUAAGGUAAACUGUGUUGUGUUUGUAAAUGCUACACAAUGCUUUUGACACAGAGUCAGGUACAAAAAGCUGCUUUAUCAAAAAAAUGUAAGUGUAAAGAAAACCAUUCUUGGAGGUCAGAAGUUGCACUUGUAGCCAGCACACUCCAUUUUUUUUUAAAUUUUUAUUUUAUUUUUUUUAACAGUACAGUUUGGUUAAACUGCUGACUGAAAAGGCCUGAGAUUUGGGCAGAUGUUACUUAACCACUCGGUUUGUUUUCUGCUUUAUUUACCAGUUACACUCCCAGCAUUUCACACAUGUAUACUCUCCCAUAGAACGUAGACGAUGUGGGGUCCUGCUGUCAGUCAUCGUCCUUGAAGUGGUGGAGUUUUGCUUUCUUUUCUUUUUUUAUAUCAUUGGGGAAAAUGUACAGACCACAUAGCCACUUUGGAAAUGCAUACUGUACAUUCAUUAUGUUACAAUGUAGAUAUCUAUUUUUUAUAAAGUGCUUAUUUUCAACUUCAUAAACUUUAUGCAUCAAUAAAUUGUUGACAGGUAUGAUUUGAAGUUGAUUGUAGCCUAUUACACAUGGUUUUUAGUUUUUGGCUUUUUAUGCUUAUUUAAAUAAAACUGUUUACUUAAUA